AUGGCUAAAGCUGGUUUUUAUUAUUCACCAUUAAAAAAUAAUGAUGAUCGUGCAUUAUGUUUUGCUUGUACUGUAACACUUGUUUGUUGGGAACCAUUUGAUUCUCCAUGGGCAGAACAUGGACGUCAUUCUCCUCAUUGUCCAUUUAUAAAAGGUGAUUUUACUGAAAAUGUUCCAUUACGUACAACAUGUUCAAUUCAACCUAGAAGAAAAUUUUUUUCAAAUCAACAACAACAAAAAUGGUUAAUUAAAUCUAAUGAAAUAAUAUUAAAUGAACAUAUAUUAUUAUUUAUAAAUUCUGAUUGGAUAAUACGUUCAGUUGAUACAACAAAUGUUAUACAUAUAAAAACAAUAAUGUCAUUAAAAAAUCUUAUUGAACAAUUAACAACAGAAAAUAAUUCUGAAGAAAAUUCUUCUUUAGAUAAUAAUAAUAAUAAUAAUAAUAAUGAAACAAUAUUUAUACAGCAUUUUGAUCAUUUAACAUCAAAACGUUAUUUUAAUUUAAAAUUAAAUCCACUUGCAUUAACAAUAUAUCCAUUAACAAUAACAAAUGAUAAUGAAAAUUAUAUUAUUUUUUGUUUUUUACAAUUAAUUGAAACAAAUAAAUGUAUAUUAAUAACAACAACAAGAUUAAAUCAAUAUGAAAAUUUAAAUCCAUCACAAAAUGAAGGUAAUGAUAAUAAUAAUUUUAAUGAUGAAUAUCAAAAGAAAGAACAAUAUACAAAUAAAAUAUUAAAACGAAAAUGUUUUUUAAUUUGUUUGAAAUCUGGACAUUUAUUAUUUUAUGAUGUUUAUCGUACAUUAUCUUUAGAUAAUAAUCAAGAAAAUAAUAAUAUUAGUAUUCUAGCAGAUAGACAAUUAAUUGGAAAUAUUGAAAAAUGUCUUCAUGUUAGAGGUACAGAUACAAUUUAUGCAUCGAUUACUGAUGAUGGUGUUAAAAAGUUCAAUAUUCGUGAUCUAUUUCCAUCUUAUUUUACUCAUAUACAAUCCGAUGAAAGAAUGAAUACAUCUUCUAUACAUUCUUCUCAAUUAAAAUCUCCUAGUGAUGAACAAAAUUCAAAUUCCUAUUCAAUAUCAACACUUCGUUCACUUUUAUCAUUUACAUCAUUUUAUUCAUCACCAGUAACAUUUUUGUUUUUUGCUCAUGUAAAUUCAUCCUAUUGGAUUGAUACACUUUAUACAACAAAAACAAAUAUUGAUCGUCAUACAUGCCGUUUACAACAACCUCAAAUACAUCAACAACAACAACAACAACAACAACAAUUAUUAAAUAAUCAACAAAUAAUACCAUCAAUAGAUAUAUUUGAUUUACAAACAGCAACAUCAUCUAUAUUACAUACAAUUCAAUUUCGUUAUAGAUUAAAUCGACAAUAUUUAUAUAAAAAAAAUUUAUUUGUUACAUUAUAUCGUUAUUCAAAUGAACAAAAUGAUGUUGAUCAAAACAAUUGA